AUGGGGGAGGCGUGCGUGCGGUUGAUUGCGUGUGUUGAUGGAAUCGACCAAAGUAAGGUUACCAGGUUGAUGGAAUACGACGUGCGAGGUUGCCAAGUAGCUAAAAGCACAGACAACCCCGAUAGUCGAUGCAACCCAUCGUCCUUGUCCCUCUCCCCUCCCCCGCGCAAACAAAUGGCGCCUUUCCGGGGAAAGAAUCCCAAAGAGGCAAGUACCAAGUUCGGGGAGGUACCAACUCCCCUCGCCCGGAUCCGCCGAUCACAACAAACGAACAAUCUCGUUUCAACGACGGGUCUGCAUGGCCACACGGUUGACAAUCCAUCGAUGUUGGAAAGCGCAAUUGCCCUCUUCCCCACAUCCAAUCCUCCCGUUCAGGAUCGCGCCUCACCCGGUCCCGGUCCCGAUCCGACACAUAUCAAACCUUUGAUCCCGGUCACCAUUCCGCGUAAUCCAGGCGCCGUAAAGGAGGAGGAAGAGCCUUUCUCAUUCGUGUUUCAUGAUUGUCAUAAGCUCGUCAAUUUUCGUCCGACGUCUCAUAUGCGUAUCGGGUGGUCCAUGACUCAUGCAGUCGCUGCCAUGUAUCAGCGCUUGAGCGAAGGUCGACAAGCCUGGUCCUCCAUGCAUUUGGCUGCUCCUCGCUGGCUCGUCGGGCGUUUCGAUCCUGGCAAGAUAUCAUCCACGGUCGUCGACAGGGUUGUUAACGAGAACAAGUGA